AUGCUUUACACACGUUUUCAGAGCCUGCUUCGGGAACGAAGAAGAGCCCGACGGGACAUUGAGAUUUCUGCUCCUUUUGACCUGAAGCUCGAACCCGCUACCCUCCCUGGCGUGUCUCAAGAAGAGAUCUCCAUCCUCCGAGAGAAAGCAGCUGCCUCGCGCAUCGGCGUCCUCGAACUCCGUCCCGAAUCACCAUCCGAGUACCACAAGAGGUCCCGCCCGUCUCCACGACUUCGUCCCGUGCAGCCUGCCACUAUGGAGAUCGAGACACGUCCCCUGUGGUAUUAG